AUGCAGGAGAGAGUACUGAUUUCGGCAAGAUUCGUUUUCGAGCGGCCCCAGGGCGUCAACCAGACGGCUCUCCCAGCCUACGGUGGCCGCGUUCUCAUCAAAGGCAGCAAUGGAGAGGUCGUCGCUGUGCCUUUCCAAGGGUUGGCGUUCGAUCUGAAGGAGCAGAUGCAGAGCCCGUUUCAUGGGACUUAUCCGUGGCUGAGGUCGACGACUGCUUACAGCAACAAGACGACGUUCACUUUCGAUCUCGGCAGCGCGGCGCAGGACUUUCCCAAAAUUUUCAUGAAGAUCAAGUGGGGGACGAGAGAAGUCCGCUGGGAUAUCUACGAGUCUGCCUUUGACGAAAAACGAGACUGGGAGUACCCGCCGGUUCCCGGCCGCCGGAGCUACAUAGGCUCGGCCACCUCCUGGGCUGGCGCCGGCAGCUCUUCCAGCUUCAACCCGGCGCGCCACAAUGCGAGCGACGUGAUCACGCUGCCCGAGACGGACGUCGCAAGGAACGCCCUGACGACGGGCGGGUUCACGACGAGUUAUUGGUGGUUUGGGCGGUUUGCUGAUGGCAGUGCCGUUGGGCCGGGCAAUUACACCUGGAAGGGCCUGACUACAAAGUUUACUGUCUUGCCGAAGCCUGGAAACGGUACUAUCACAGAGAGGUAG